AUGGAAAAAUCAAAAGCUUCUACCGAGAGCACUGAUGAUACCCUCAGUAGACGACGCGACCCCAUGUUUGAAGCAGAAAAAGAGACCGUCGAACCCAGGAAGGACAAAAAUGGGAGUGGUAGUAGUACUGAUGGAUCACCGCGUCAAGAUCAGCUCCAUGAUUUGGAUGCUGAAAAGGGCCAGAAGGGAGUACCCGAUAAUAAUAAUAAGCAAUCUGGAACCCUGAUCAGUUCUGUGGCUGCUUCGGAGGGAGCCAUGGAUUCUAUUGUUGGCUCUAUUGAACCUCUCCCAACAAGAUUGCCGAGAUUACCUUCAGAGCCAGGGGCAUACGCCGAACGCCACGAGCGGAUCAACACACCGCGAUUUGGAGGGAAUCAACUAAGUGAGCCACCUCGUCUAGACGUAGUAGACGAGGCCAAUGUCUCUCCUGCCGGAACAGACGUGGAAAAAGGGCUGGUUGAGGCUACCCCCGUCGACUCCCCGAUUAUGGCAGCAGAGCCAGCAGAGCCUGUGGAUCAUGAUAGGCAGCAAGGCAAUGCGACACAGCAAGGUCCUAACAAAUGGAAUAUGAUUGGGUGCAUUUCUGCUGCCAUUAUCACAGUUUUGCUGCUAUUUGUUUUGAUCAUAUUCCCGGCCAAAAACUCAUCAGUGGAAACGCCUACCCCGUCCUCUAACACGACAAUACUUGACGGAGAAGACGAUAGCGUUGUGACCAUUGUUUUGCCAAGUGGAUUGCAGUUGAAUCUUCCUCUGGAAUUGACCAAUAACACACUAUGA